CAACUCGCCCCCCGACGCCAUGCAGCAGGGGAUGGAGCUGGCAGCGAGUACGGUGUGGGUGAGGGGGCAGCAUCUGACGGGGAACGGCGUGAUGCUCUCCAAGAGCCGCAUCAUCACCUCACGGCAGAUAGUCUUCACCUACCACGAGGCAACCUUGUCGGAGGUUGACUACUUGGACCAAGAAGAAGGCGUCGUGUUCACAACUGCCUGCGAUCCAUCCAGCUGCUUUCUUUCCAAUCAGAGGCUGGACAUGACUAUAGUUGGGGUGGAUCCAGAGUUUUGUAACAGAUGCAAGCUGCAGCCUGUGACAGUGCACGAUGGGCGAUUAGCGCGGGGGAAUGAAGUUGUAAUGGUGAGCAAGUUGGGGGGUGCGAUAGAAGAGGAGACCACCAUCGCAACAAGGUUGGUGGUGGAGGAGGUGGGCGAGAGCGAAGUGUUCCUUUCUCCAGUCGAUGACCUGACAAGUGGAGUGCUUGGAAGUCCGAUCUUCAAGGACAAGAGCCUCGUUGCCAUUGUAGUCAAGCUAAAGCAGGAAGAGGGCGGAUUGAGGGCGCUGAUGAUUGAAACUGUCUUGGACAAGCUAAAGAAAAGACAACAGCUGGAGCAUGCUCUUGGGGCAGAUGGUAAUUCUUCCUCGAAUGGGAUAGUCGAGCAAAGGGUGAGAACGAAGAAAAUCUCCAAGCUAAAAAGGAUGUUGGGAAAGGCUCAGUCAGAGGCGAACUUCGUAGGAAUUGCUGCAGCAGGCGCCGUAGCUCUGACUGUUGUCUCUCUUGUUGUCGUUUUUCUCCGUUGGCGAAGAUAAAAAGAUCGGGCCG